UAACCGAAAUAAAAGGACGUGAAAUAUAGGUUAUGCCGCUGAAAUAAUAAUUUCAAAAUAUUGUCUAAUUUGUUUGCGCGUUUUAUUGUUUUUUUACCAAAAUUACUCAACUCCAUUAAUCAGGCUAAUAUGAAUUAAUGGCAUUUUAACAUUGGAGUAGUGAAGCUGUUGAAAUCCCAAAAAGAUGGCUUCAUAUGAUAUUCAAAAGGUUGUUCGAAAUCAAUAUUCCUUGCAGGAUUUCUUGGAUGUACAUAGCAGUGCAGAUAAUCUACUUAAGCUGUCUGGUUUCAUAUCGAACACCAAGUUUAUGUGGAUGACAUGUGGUCCAUACCUGGAAAUAAGAGAAACCAAAACAGGCAACAAGAUAGGAGAUUACACUUUUGGAGCUGCUGCGAAAGACACUGAUACUCAAAUAACCUGUGUGAAAGAGCUAAAUACACAAUUCUCGGAUAGCUCCAUUUUGGUGAUUGGUUUGGAAUGCAUCAAUGGUGGUAUGGUCUGCAUCUUUGAUAACAUAUCAUGGCGGGUUCUGAGAGCAAUUCAAACUCCUCAAAAGGUAACUUAUAUAUCAGUGGUGAAUGCAGGAAAUGAGGAUUCUAGUUUUCCUGGGCCAUUGAACAAUUUUGAUGGAGCCCUUUCUGUUGGCAUGUACCAAGGAGAUAUUUUAGUUGUUGACUUAUGCAGACAAGCCAUAAAUGAAGCACUGAAAAUAAAUGGGAUUUCUGAAAUCAAAGGAGAAGUGGAUCCAUCUCAAUUGACAAUUUUGUCUGUAAAUGAUAUUAACAGUAUUGAGCAAUCCAGAAAAGCAGCUGAACUAGAGAACAAUCAUCUUGCCAUUCAUUUAAAUGAUGUGGGGAGGGCUCCUCAUUUUAUAUUGAAAGGACAAAACGGGGAGGAUCGCAUUCACGUUAACAAAGAGGAGGUCGUGAUCAGUUCCCUUCACUAUGCGCCUCAAUUAAGUUCCUUAUUCGUCGGAUUCAACUUUGGGGCAUUGCAAAUAUGGGAUUUGAUCAACAUGAAUCUUAUAUACACAUCGCCCGUAUACUCGGAAAACAUUCCAAUUUCCUAUUUCGCGAUAUUAGAACCUGUCGACGAUCCAAGAGCGUUUUGCUACUUUUGGGCUAUUUACAGUAGCAGCGAUACAAAUGAUAAAAGCUUCCCGUUAGCUGCCCUUUAUUCACUCAGUUACGAAUCUAAAGAUUGGCACGAAGGUUACGGAUACUUAUAUUCUAAUUUGUUGUCGUGUGCGGUCAGAUUUCAAGCAGAUUUAAGUAUGAUCGACAAUAAAGAUGAUCUUGCUAUUGGUGCGCAGUGCAUCAAAUUGGAAUCAUUCAGUAAAGGUUUGAAUAGCGUUACCAAUUCAAUGCUUGAAUACAAUGAAGAUUCCUACACUUUAUGCGAAAUGGUAUGGAACGUCGUCUGCAAAAACAAUAUCGUCCACACGUACUUGAGUGUUUUUGACUUGAACCAAUGGUACAAAGAACAAAUGCCUAGUGCUCCGCAUUAUCAUCAAUGUAAAUCUUAUAUGUCUAUAGUCUGCAUAUCAGAUUUGAUUAAAAAACAUAACUCUGAGACUUUUCCAUUAAUGAACGUGCACAUUGACGGCGCCACGAUAAGGUCGUUCGUCGGUGCCCAAAGGCUCGAAGAACAUUAUUAUCCAGCUUCUCUAUCCUUUGAUUUGUGCUGUAUUAGUGAAAUGGAAAUAUACUUUGUGAAGAAUCACGGAUUGCAGAAACAGCUGUAUCGGAACAUGGAGAUGGCCGGUCCUUUAGCAUUAAUGAAACCAGGUGAACUGUAUCAAUCCAGCAUUACGUUGGGCUUGACUCCGCUCUUCAUGGAAUCCUAUAUGAAUAUAAGCUUGGCCCAACAAAGGGAACAUUUAUUAAGCGUUGCGUUGGAAAACCGCAUGGAAAGUUGGAUUUGCAAAUGCGCGACUUCUUGGGGUAACGGAAGUCACAGGGCAGCUGGACUGUCUCUAGAUUUACUUCUGAAUUGGGCCUGGCAACGUGCAAAUACCUUGAAAAACAAUGCUGAUAAAUUAUGUGUUCCCUUGUUUGAUCAAACUGGUACUAAAAUGGAUGCGAACUCUUCGAGCAUGCUGAGCAAAUGCAGAAAACAAAUUUAUAUCCUGAAAAAUGUGUACAGUUUUAUAUGCAACAAAUGCUCGCAGUUCCUUAUUAAUCCAGAAAUAACGAUCAAGCAAAGAGAUUGCCUGACGAGAGUAUAUACUUAUCUGGAUGUCUUGGGAUGGUUGAUCAACGUGGGUUUGCUACCAGAAUUUACCAAUAAUGAGCAACGUCCGGACUUGGAUGAAGGUAAACUGCAAUUGCCGUACUCCGUCGAAUCCCUGAAGUCUUAUUACAACGAGAGGAGAGCCAAUUUAAAUAUUUUAAUUAAAAGUAAUGAUAUUUACCAGAGUGACUUCUUAUUGUAUAUAGAUAAAAUCACAGACAUUGGCGGAGAAGCACUAGAAAGAGAGUGGAAAUGCGAUGGGGGCACUGGCCAAUACCCACCUUCGUCAAUACAAGUCUUACUGAGAACUUACCUAAUCGAGAAUAUUGACAUGCAACUAAAGCACACUAUAGUGACUUAUUUAUUACUGGAUCUAGCUAUGACUUUGGACGACGAACAAUAUAAAACUAUUCUACCAACUCUAAUCAAGUUCCCGAAUAUAUUCAACAUGUCUCCAAGUGUUACAAAAAUAAUACAAGGUUUUUGGCAACUGGAUCACGGUGAAUUAGAGACUGCAACUGAAAACCUUAGUGAUCCAAUGAUUAAACCGGCUGAUUUAGAAUCGUGGCAACAUAAAUACUUAAUAGAGUCUUUAAUUCUACAAGAUCAAGAAAAAAUGGCUCUUUUAUAUAUGAAGGGUCGUCAAAUACCGCUAACAAGUAUAGACGAUAUUAGGCUCAAUAUAUCUUUACUUGUGAAUAACAAAUUAUUAUCUGAAGCAUUUGCCUUGCAACGAAAGCAUUUUGGAAACACAGAACUACUCGAUAUUAUAUUUAAAGAGUGCUUGAAAACCAAUCAAUUGAACGAUUUGAAUAAUUUGAAUUUGUCGCGGAUCGAAGAGGAGGCUUUAUUUAAAUUCAUGAAGGAGAAUUCCUAUGAAAAUGAAGUUAACUUCCAAUCUGUUUACUAUAUUCAGAGGAGCCGAAUGUUCGAUUUCUAUCAAUCCCAGUGUGAAAAUAAAGAUAAAGUUCUCGAGUUCAACGUUGGUAAAUGCAUUACAGAAACACUCAGCGAUUAUAUGCCGAAGAUCGAUAAGAAGAUCCUGAAUACUUGCAUUAACCAGAAAGCAAAAUUAUUCAAUAAAGAAUUUGUCACCGAACCUAUGUCGGUAUUUUUGCACAAUUCGAAGGAACACAUGAAGUAUAAAUCGGAUUUAUUGAUUGCCUCGAUAACGAAAGCACGUGAAACUUGGCUGGCGGAUUCAGAUGUUGAGUCCAAUUGCUCCUACAAACUCACAGAUGAAGAUUUUCCGUUCGUCAGGCCUCCGCUAUAUCUGCCGCCCCGGAAAAGGUUGAGAUCGGAUCUAAUCUAUCCAAAAUUGGUGGACAACUUUCCCAAGGAUAACGUCUCAGAGAUACCAACACCGCCAAAGAAAUCCAAGCUCAGUCCACGGGAGUCCGUGCAUACUCCGGCCAACAAUGAUAGCGGUGAAAUAAAGCGUCUGACGAAGAUCGAAACGCCGAUCAUCGUGAAGAAAUCGCUUAACCUGAAGGAUCAACUGGAUUCUAUGAGUACAACGCCACAAAGCAUUCUAAAGGUGACAAAAGUACGGGAUAGAUCAAAAUCACCGGUAGACCGAGGCAACUCUACAACUCCUGAAAACUUGGAUGAAAUCGACGAUCUUGAAGACGAUGAUUAUGAUGUAUCUUUUCUGCAUUCUACUAAAAUUAUGGACAGUUCUAAAUCAAAGAUAAGUUGCGGCAUUGCUCCAAGAAAAUCUUUGAUAAAAAAUCACGGAGUAAGAUUUUCCGGCAUUAAUAGGUCAUCCAGUUUAACUCAGUCUGGCAGUGCGUCGAGCGAAUCGAAAUUUAAUUCUUCUGAAGAUGUGAAUAAUUCUCUUCAAAUAAACCCAUUACCAGAAGUCUCAGAUAUUAGCAUAACAAAUGUAGUUACGGAAAAUAAAAGCACUUCGCUUUCCACCGAUAACGAAACGUUUUACUCCCCUGAAGCAUCCAUAGAAGAAGCCGAGCCUGUGAAAGAGGAGAAAUCCGAAAAAAUGUUAACCAUUCCGGAGAUCUUCCUGAAACGUGAGAAGAGUCCUGUUCCGGGCAGUCCUAAAUCCAGAAAGAGUUACAAAGGAGACAUCUUGGAGAGACCUCCAAUGCGUUCCAGUCCACGAUUAAAUAAAUCGGAAACUUCGAGCCCGUCCUCAUCUUCCGCUACUACCAAUGUAGAAAUCUUAAGUCCAGAGCAGAAUCUUAAAUCUAAGAAACGAGUGUCGGCUAGGAAGUCUUUAUCCAGAAUGGUAUUGGAAAAUAAUGCCAUCACCAAAAUGCGUUCGACGCCUGUAAUCGAUAUCGAUGUGGAGAAAUCUUCGACGAUCACUGUAGAAACUUCGUUUAGUAAAACGGAGGUUGUAAAGAAAGUGAUGGGCAAUGUCAUCGAGGAGAUAACCGAUAAAAUCGAGAGCAAAAAUAUACAUGAGAAGAAAAUCGAAGGAAACACCGAAAAAGUCAAAGUUGACUCGCACGAAGAAUCCAGCAAAACAAUGACUAGGAUUGAAGAAGAUCAAAGUAUUAACGUAUUCUCGUAUGGACAACCCGAUGAUGUUUUCGAUGAAGAAGAAGAAAUGGAUAUAGAUGAAAUCGAAGAUAUUAGUGAUAAUGAAGAUAAAGAAGUUUUCAAUCUUGCAAUUGAAGAGUUCUCCAAUGGUUCAAGCAAUACCGAUUCUGAAAGUGACCAUAACGUGGGGGUAAUUGUCGAUGCGGAUUCUAAUCAAUCCAGUACAGACGGACAUGAAUCAACAGAAGUUAAUGAAGGUUUACGCAAAACACAUUACACGACUAGCCGUAACGUAAUCAUCGAAGGGGAUUCUAAUAACUCCACCAUCGUUUUGUCUAUACCUACAGAUGAUAGUUCAGAUAUUUAUAGUCAGAACAAUACAGAUUCUGAGAUUGACCAUAAUGUGGCAGUCAUUGACGAAUCCGAUUCCAAUCAAUCAAGCACAAACGAACCUGAUUCAACGGAAGAUAAUGAAGGUUCUAGCAAUUCAGAUUCUGAGAAUGACCAUAAUGUGUGCGUAAUUGUCGAAGCGGAUUCUAAUCAAUCCAGUAAAGAUUCAACUGAAGGUAACGAUAAUAAAUGUCCACGCAAUAAACAUUCUUCGACUAGCCGUAACGAAAUUGUCGAAAGGGAUUCUAGUAACUCCAGUGUGGCUUUGUCUAUACUUACAGAUGAUCCUACUUCAACAGAAGAUAUUGAAAGUUAUAGCAAUACAGGUUCUGAAAAUGUCCAUAACGUGGCAGUAAUUGACGAAUCGGAUUCUAAUCAGUCCAGCACAAUUAAUGAAGUUUCCAAUGAUGCAAUUGAAGUGAUCUCCGAUGGUUCUUGCAAUACAGAGUCAAUUCUACCCAAUGAAGUCAUCGAAAGCGCCAACUCGAGUAGUAAUACUCGCAACGAUGCAAAUAGCGAUGUCAACAUCGAACACGAUCAGCGGAUUACUGAUAAUGUGGGUAAUAGUAGUUUGCAUACUUCAACAAAACAUGUGCAGAAUAUCAGAAGUUUGAUGAAUUCAUCUGAUGAAAGUGAACAACUUGUUUUACAAGUGUCCAGUUCGGAUGAAGAUGAUAAAACUGCAGAAAUCACUGAGUCCAUCAUUAAAGAUACAAAAGAAUCUACUUCUACUAAACGAAACAAUCAAAUAGAUGUAGUCGAGAAUAUAUUGAUCGCUAAAGAAAGUAAGCAGGAAGAUAAUGAAUCACUGUCAGUAGAAACUACCAUUAAUUUGGUAGAAAAAAAUAAGUCGAUGGAAAAAGAAGAUUCCGAAAUUUUAAAAGAGAGUACUACUUUGGAAUUAGCGAAGAACGUGUCUAUACAAGAUGAUGAAUUAGAUGUAACUGACGUAAUCGUAGAUGUAACAUCCAAGAAAAAUGCUGGUAGAAGAAUGACCGAUAUCUUCGAUAAAACUCAGUGGGUGAAUGAACCGAAGAUCGAAUUAAAUUUGACCGAUCAAUUGGAGACAAUGGAUGAUAGUUAUGUAGCCCCAACAUUUAAACUCGGCGACACGUUUGAUAAUUCUAAAUCAGAAAGCGAUUUGGCUUCCGAAAUCAAAGAAGAUAUCCCUUCAGAUGAAAUUAAGCUUGCAGAGAAUAUAACACCAGAAAAGACGGUUGUAGCUAAAAGACGAAGAUCGACUUCGGUUAAGAACACAGAAAUAUUGUCUCCAAUAAAGACCAGAAGGCGAUCAUUAGCUGAAUCUGGUACUAAUUCACCGGUAGUAGAUACACCGACAAGAGUGCUUCGUCCUAGACGCUCCAGCACUUCGACGGAAUCGCCAUCAGUGUCGGCGUCCAAGAAAGCAACGGCGCGCACCAGAAGCGCUAGUGUUGAUGUCGAAGUGACUGUACCGAAGAGACGAUCGAUUCGCGCGAAAAGCGUUGAUAAUGUCGAGGAGGCUCCAGCCACGCCGAAAACCAGAGCAAGAAGAACCUCGACGGCUUUACCUGCAAUCGAUGAGGAAACUAAAUCUGAAGCAAUAACGGCUUAUACCACAAAACGAAAACUUACCAGAAAUCAAAAGGUUCUUCUUGAAAAGAACCUAAGCGAUGAAAAGGGGGAUUUAGAUUUCGAUAAAUUAAAUCCCCUCGAAUUAAUGGACAAAGAAGAAUUUAAAGGUGAAGCAGAUCCAGAAGAACAAGGAAUAUUACAAAGUUCACCAACUUCUAGUAUUGCAAGCAGCAGCGUCGAUACUGCUCGCAGUAAGAAGACAAGCAGCGUAUCUUCGAAUCAAAAAGUCUUAACGCCUAGAAAGAGGAAAACUAAAGGUGUAACCGAAGAUAGUCCUCCAAAAAUAGCUUUACGUAGAGGCAGAAGCGCUUCAGUAGAAAUACAAGAUGAGGCCGUCCCGUUAACGCCAACAAGAAGAACCAGAAAAUCAUCACAGGAUUCUGUGGCGAGUGAUGCGUCUGUUGAACCAAGGAGAUCAUCCAGACGUAAAUCGAAAUCCGAAGUCUCCGAUUCUGAUGGAGAAUCCGCAGCGGGAAAGAAAGGUACAAAGUUGAAAACCACGCUGAGCAAAAUUAAAGAGGAAUCGGAAGAAGAGAUUGCGAAACCGAAGAGGGGACGCAAAAAGACAACGGAUUAAGUGGAGGCCUUAGAUAAAUAUGUAUUAUUAACUGUUUCUUUGUAAAUUUUUAUUUUAAAUAAAAUUGGUGAUUUAUUAUAAUCGAUAUAUAAAUUAUUACACUUUACCUAUUCCGUUGCAUUUACUAAAAGUAUGUACAAAAACAUAGCAAGACGUUACCGUAGAGUCAGAUGUAAUUUAGAGUAAGCUAUAUAUAUAUACUAUUAGUCU